AUCAAUUUGGAAUUGUUGGGAUACAAAUAGCAGAAGAUACUUUACAUCUAAGCAUUCUUAUCAGAGAUCAAAUGAAUAUUAAUAGAUAUUAUAAUAUAGAAUCGGCAAAAAUCCCUGUGCAAAAAUCAGAAGAGACUGUU